CUGAUGCGAUGGGGGUGUAUUUUUUUGGUGGCUCUCUCCUCCUCUUUCCUUUUUGUAGAUGAACCAGGAAGUAAAGUUUGCGUUGCUUUGGGCUCUCUCCGGGUUCCCUAUUAAUAGAAAAGCAAAGAAGGAACCUGAGCAGCAAUAGGGGAGAAAUAAGGAAUUGCAGGUGCAGCUGGGCGACAUGACGACAUUAAUCCACCGAGGCCGGCGUGCAGACGUUGGCAGGAACGCUGACAAGCGAGCGGAGGGCGAGGAGGACCCCGUCCUCGACAAAAGUUUGGGCGACGAAGACCCCGGGGACUCCAAAGACAUCCGCCUCACCCUCAUGGAGGAGGUGCUGCUGUUAGGGUUGAAGGAUAAAGAGGGCUACACGUCUUUCUGGAAUGACUGCAUCUCCUCGGGCCUGCGGGGCGGCAUCCUCAUGGAGCUGGCCAUGAGAGGACGGGUCCAGCUUGAGCCACAAACCAUGAGGAAGAAACGGCUGCUGGACAGGAAGGUUCUUCUAAAGUCAGACGCCCCGACUGGGGACGUGCUCUUGGACGAGACGCUCCGCCACCUCAAAGCCACCGAAACUUCCGAGACGGUGCAAACCUGGAUUGAGUUGCUCACAGGCGAGACCUGGAACCCCUUCAAGCUGCAGUACCAGCUGCGCAACGUCCGCGAGCGGAUCGCCAAGAACCUUGUGGAGAAGGGGAUCCUGACGACCGAGAAGCAGAACUUCCUCCUCUUCGACAUGACCACCCACCCGGUCACCAACACCACGGAGAAGCAACGCCUGGUGAAAAAGCUUCAGGAGAGCGUCCUGGACAAAUGGGUCAACGACCCCCACCGCAUGGACAGGAGGACAUUAGCGCUGCUGGUCCUGGCCCACGCCUCCGACGUGCUGGAGAACGUCUUCACCAGCCUGGUGGAUGAGAAAUACGACGUGGCGAUGAACAGGUCCAAAGACUUGCUGGAUAGGGACCCGGAGGCGGAGGCCGCCAAGGCGGGCGGCAUGGAGAUGAUCUGGGCCGUGCUGGCGGCCUUCAACAAGUCCUAAACCCUCCCCGCCGAAGGAGGUUGUUCUAGCGGGCUUCGCCCCUUCCUCUUUAGGAUUGAACCUUUUGCUCCGCGGAAUUUCCCCCUGCUCCUUGGCAGCGGGCAGCGGUGACUUCCUCAUGUCACGCUCACCCCCUGCCACAGAGGUCGGGCGUCGCGGGCAUCCUUCUGUUAUAGGAACGCCUAUACUUCCACCAACACCAUCUCCUCUUCCUCAGAUCUGGGGACUUGUUAGAUUGCAGGAAUGAGCAAAGACGUUUGUGUGUCUCUCCUCUUCGCCUCUGACCCUCCCCUUGUUUUUUCCUACACCCAAAGUUAAAAUGAAGGUCUGUGUCAGCUAGAAAUAGAUUGAGUCCUCUCUCUCUUUCUCUGUUAUUUCAAAUCCUCUUCCUUUUUUGAUGUUUUAGGGAGGAAUGCAUUGCGGUGCGUGUUUCUGUUCUCUCCUUUUUUUUUUUUAAUCUCAUAACCUGUUCCGCCCUGUCUCGUUUUUUUUCAAUCCAAGUUCGUCUUGAUUUUUCUUGUGCUGUUCUCUUUGUGUUUGUUGGAAAAGACCAUUACAGCACAAAUCUCUAUGCAA